CAAAACGGCGCGUUUGUAAUUUGAAAACAUACAGCAAUCGACCUGUUAUCACACAGUGGUUGCAUAUGCAUUUCAGCGAGCCACUUCGUGCAACGCGCGAGUAGUCGGGAACGAGUCGUUACCUGCAUACUAAGCGGCAAUGAUUGGGUGGGUGAACAGCUCUGUGGAAAGCUUCAUUCGUGAUAAGUUCGGUGACGACGUAUGGAACGACGUGGUGAAAGCUGCUGGAGUCGGGGAAAGGGGCUGGGUCUCCUCUUGCCCAUAUCCCGACAGUGAGACCUACAAACUUGUCACCACGGCUUCGUCGCUUCUUGGGGUGACACCCGCUCAAGCCUUGGAGGCAUUUGGCAACUACUUUGUAGAGUAUGUGUGUAAGCAGGGUUACGACAAGCUCCUGCAAAGCUUGGGCAGCAACAUUGCGGAGUUCCUGCAGUCCCUGAACAAUUUGCACCUCCACCUCACCAUGAGCUUCCCCUCCAUGUCCGCACCGGCCUUCAAGUGUACGGCAGUCGGCCCGGAGUCCCUGGAGCUGCACUACUACAGCAACCGCCCCGCGCUAGGCCCCAUCGUUGUGGGGGUGCUACAGGGCCUGGCGGAGCGCUAUUGGGACGUGGGCGGAGGGCGGCUGGGAGUGCAGCUGCUACGAGGGCGGGACGAUGGCAGCGAGGACCAUGAGGUGUUUCUAGUGACGUACCCCUAUCAGGAGGUACUUCGCAGCUGGGACGAGGCCACCGCGCCCAAGCACAGCUUCACCCUAAACCCGGAUACCUUCUACAACAUCUUUCCCUUCCACAUCCUGCUUGACAAGCAGUGCUGCGUGUUGCAGACGGGGGCGGCGCUUGCGCGGCUGUUCCCCGAAAUGCAGCAAGGAACCUACCUAGGAGACCAUUUCCAGUUACGGCAUCCGUACACAUCCCUGGAGUACGACAACAUCCUCUCGGAGAUCAGAAACGUCUACUUGCUCAAAUCCACAACCACCGGCCUGGAGAUCAAGGGCCAGAUGAUCCCCGUUGCCGUACCCCGCCACCCCGGCGGCGGUACGGCAACGGGCGGUACGACAGCCUGCCCCCACAUGGCGUCAUUGACUGCUGCCGAGGGGCUUCUUUUCAUGGGCAGUGUACGGCUGUCGGGACUGGACGACAUGCAACAUCACCAGCUAUUCCUGUCAGACAUCCCGCUACACGACCUGAACCGCGACUUUGUGCUGUUAGCGGAGCAACGCCAGGCGGAGGCUCAGCUGAAGGAGCGGUUUGAGGCGCUGUCCCUGGAGCUCAAGCAAGCGAACCAGAACCUGAGCGACAUGACGCAGUGGCUGGAGGAGGAGCGACAUCGCAGCGAUAAACUGCUGUACCAGAUGCUUCCGCCGCAGGUCGCCACAUGCCUUAAACACGGCGCAAGAUCACCAGCUAGCGAGCAUGCAGAGGCCACCAUCCUCUUCAGCGACAUUGUCGGUUUCACGGAGAUCUCCUCCCGCUCCUCCCCGCUCGAGGUGUGCGCGCUGCUAGAUGAGCUGUAUCACCAGUUCGAUACCGCCAUUGAGGACUACCCGCAGCUGUACAAGGUGGAGACCAUUGGGGACGCCUACAUGGUCGUGGCAAACGUGACCACCCGCUGCGACAACCAUGCGGAUUUGCUGCUGGAGUUUGCGGUGCGCAUGCACGAGGUGGCUCGCAACGUGCGCAGCAGCCUGGGCGAGCCCGUGAGCAUCCGAGUGGGCAUGCACACGGGACCGGUGGUGGCUGGAGUGGUUGGCAAGAAGAUGCCGCGCUUCUGCCUGUUUGGGGACACGGUGAACACGGCAUCCCGAAUGGAGAGCCACGGGCUAGCCGGGCAGAUCCACAUCAGCGAGGCUUGCUACGACUGCAUUCGCGACAAGUCUUCGUUCGUUAUCCGCGAGCGGGGAAACAUCAGCGUCAAGGGCAAGGGGAUGAUGCGGACGUACCUGAUUACACCCGCGGAGCAGGACGCAAACCUCACGAACAGCCGGACCUUGUCCCGGCCGGCGCACCUGCUCUCGGAGCCUGAGCUCAGGUUUCGUUACACCAACAAUGCGGCUAACCGUUCGCUCUCUUUCUCGUCGCUAUCGGGCGGCAUGGAGUUGGGCCCCACGUCCUGGGAAGAACAGAGCAACUCGGAAAGCGGCAAAGAGACGCC